GCGCCGCCCUACCGUCUGUCGCUACGGGGGCCGAGAAGCAAAAGAAAUGUGGUCACGGGCCGCGAGUGUGCGAUUUCGGGCCCCGCUGGACGCGGGCCGAAGCUUUGCUUCCAAAGCGGGUCCACAGGGAAAGAUCCAGGCGGCGGGGCUGGGGACCCAGGCUCCACGCCUCGUUCCCCAGGGCAACGGUCGCGUAUCCCCCGCGGUAAUCGAGCAUCUGGAGCGGCUGGCGCUGGUGAACUUCGGCAGCCGCGAGGCGGUGGACCGGCUAGAGAAAGCCAUCGCCUUUGCGGAUCAGCUGCACGCCGUGGACACCGACGGUGUGGAGCCUCUGGAGUCGGUACUGGAGGACAGAUGUCUCUACUUGAGAUCUGACAAUGUUGCAGAAGGCAGCUGUGCUGAAGAACUACUACAGAAUUCCAAUCACGUUGUGGAGGAAUACUUUGUGGCCCCCCCAGGUAAUAUUUCCUUGCCAGACAUGGUAAACAAGAUUCCUUCUUCCACAGCAGAGUAGCUAUUCUGGGGAAGGGGCACCCUGUCAACAUGGUGGACUCACAAGGGUGGUCAUUUGCUUCUGUGAACUCUAUCUAGUAUAAACUGGAUUUACAGUUUCUUGGUAAUUGAUCCGAAGACAGAACUGGACAACACCCAGCUAGCAGAGAACCACAAGCCUGCUUCCAAGGGAAUGGAUCAAAUACUCAGACUCAUUCUGUCUGAAAAACAACCUCCUCCCUCCUCUGCCCUAAAAACACCACCUUGCCAAAAUAUAUCUAGGCGGACUCUUCUGUUUAGGUGUAAGAGACAGAUGACCUGGGAUGAAGAGACAAACCAGUUCUUUUUAGUUGCUUUCCCACUGGCUUCAGAGCCAGCACAUCACCAUCUGUUUCUGGGUACCUACCUUAUUCCUACCAGAGGGCUCGUUUUCUGGAUAAGUUUGAAUAGUAUCAAAGUAAA